UCCGCUCAGGUUUUCAUCUCCGCGCUCUCAGCACCAUGAGUAAGACCGGCACGCUGAGGGGUUUCUUUAAACAAAAAUCCGCAGACAAGGAAAAAGAAAAGGAGAAAAAGGAGCUAAAACGAGCCGCGACCAUCCACCGGGAUGAUCCCAGCUCUCUGCAGGGGGACCCGGGGCCCCUGCGCCCCUGGGAGGGGGGAGCGCAUCCAGAGGAUGAGACCCCCUGUUCCCCGAAAGAGAAGAAGUCAAAGCGGUUCCUGUCCUUAAAGCUCAGGAAGAAAAAGAAUAAAAAAGAAGAAGAUGGAGGAGAUAUGUUCGAGGAACUGGACAGCUUCAACAGCCGCAUGAGCUACGACCAGAUGAGCGUUUCCACAGAGUGCAGUUUCCGGCCAGGAUCGGACUGGGACCCUCAUUCUGAGCAGUCCUCUGUGAUCAACCUAGAUAUGAACCAGCCGACAAGCCCCAUGUCUCCCUCCAAACUCAAGGGAGAAAAAAGAGGCAUGUUUGGUCGAAUCGCCAACUUUUUAAACAAAAAGAAAAGCAAUAGUCGGCAUCAGUCUAACAGCUCUGCAAAUUCAAGCCAGCCAACAUCUCCUGUAUCUCCCCGUUUCUUUGCAUCCCAACUAGAGGAUGAAUUAACGCCUCUCACAGAUUCCCAUAAACGAUCACAGGAUGCUUCCGCCAAAGCUGAGCUGGAUGACUCCCUCAGCCAAAGCUCUGGCCCUAGCGUUUCCUCUCUGAUUGCAGUUGACCCAGAUCUCCCUUUCGCUGACAGCGGCAGCAGUGGCAGGAGCAGCGUGAAGGAGGUCCCUAUAUCCAGGGUCAGCACAGAUGGAGUUCAAAAGAAUUCUGGGAAUAUCACUCCCACCAGUGCAGAUUUUUCAUCUCCUGUUUGCCCAAACUCUGAUUCUGAUUUGGGAUUUGCAGAUUCAGUGGUGGAAGAAGUUAGCAAGAGAUUGCAGGUUAAUUUAGACAACAAUGUCCAGAGUUCCAGAGAGGAGAUCAUGGUCACCCCAACGACCCCAAUGUCACUUAAAACCCCAAUUUCUUUAAAGGUGGACAGCCCAAAGUCUCCUAACUUAAUAUCCAUAUGCUUAGCAUCAAAGAAAACCAUGGUGAAAGUUGGAGAGAAGGGCCACAGCACUGUGUUAAAAGGAAUUACUUUAAGCCAUCAAUUAUCCACAUCCCAUACUGCUACUAAUCAGCAAGACAAAAAUGCUCCAGACUCACAAAAGGAACAUUCAGGAGUCAAUAAACCUUCCUUUGGCCUGUCUGAGCAAACUGGCCCUGCAUGGAGCCCUCCGCCUGAGACAGAGCAAACACCCGAAGAGGAUUCUCCCAUCCAGCUCCAUAAAGCCAUCUGGGUUGAGACGUACCUGGGGGAGGAGCAGGAGGAGGAGGGAGAGAUGGAUGUAAUGAAACAAGGAGAGGAGGGCUUUAGAGUAGACUCGCCUCCUGUGCUGGCCAUACCUGUCACAGUAAUACCUGAGGAUGAGGUGGUAACUCAGUUUGAAACCCCACCUACCCCAACGGAGAGUUGGCUAUCCAGUGGCAGCUUGCCAGAGUCCGACAUCUCCUUGGCAACAACUUCAGAGGAGUUUCAAACAGCCUCGCACCAGUUGGAGGAGACCGACAGCGGAGCAAUCCCUCAACAGGAGCCCCUGAAGGAGAAAAAGAGAGAAACCCACCUGACUCGAAAGACUGUGAGUCUGCCAUCGAAGAGCAAAGUCAGUGCAGAGAAGGUCCUUAUUCAAGCAGAGUCGAGUUUGGAAGCUGCAGAGGAAGCUUUAACUUCCGAGACCUCGAAUGGAGUAGAGUUAAGCGGAUUGACGUCUCUCCAAAAAGACAGUGAAGCUAAAAUCAAAGAUGGCAUCACUAAAGCCCCACCAGCAACAACAGAAGAGCCUCAACAGGUUGACACUAACAACAUUCCUGCAUCCAUAGAGGAAAAAGAAACUGAAACCGCUUUAUCUGGAGAUACUACUGCAGCUUUAGACAUGAGCAAGUCUAAAUUACAAGAUGCAGACCCUGGAGUAAAAAGUCAAAGUAGUCUGAUGGCUUCUGCUAAACACAGUGGAACAGGAGCCGUGGGUAACCUGCAUGGUUCCACUGUAAGUGGACCAAAGAGCUCAGCUACUACUACUGGGUUCAAAGUGAAGAGUGUCUCAAGAAAGACCACAGCAGGAAAUAAAUCAGAAAUGACCAGUGAUCAUCCGCCACCCAGUGAGCGUAGCACUGAGAAGCGUGUUUCUGGGCUCCCAUUGUUAAAGGAUCAAAGCAGUGGUGGUCACUCAAAGUCGAGAAUUCCCAAAGUUUCAAAAUCAGAUGCUGAUGUAAAAUCUCCAGUAACCCCUGAUAAAAUAUCCGAUCAGGAUCUUUUGGGGUCAACAAUCAAUUCCAAACUGCCAAAACAACACAAACCAAAAGAACCUGUAAAACCUCCAGCAAAGCCUGUCAGAAAACCAAGUUUUGAAGAUCCCAAAAGUGGGAGAACUGCAUCCGGAAAUAAUUCUCCCACAAAGCUUAUGUACAAGACCCCGGUGAAGCUAAUUAAGGAAAAGUCUGAUGAGGUCUUUUUAGAUGACAUGGAGAAGGAGCCCGAGCAAAGAAGUGGUAAAAAAGGAUACCAUCCUGAUGGGGAAACCCUGCAGCAGAGCCAAUCACAGAGUGGCUCUUCCCAUGCAUCAAAGAGUAAGCUACCAGUUUCAUCUCCAACAAGAAAAACACAUAUCAGCGUUACUCCGACAAGGUGUAACUCAGACAAAGGAGAAACAGUCCAAAAACAGAGUCCAGUGUAUGAAGAAGACACUCCUGUUGAUGAGAAACCUGAAACUGAAUCACAGACGCCACAGCGAGAAAUACCAGAGAAAGGAACAGGAAGCAUGCUUUUAAAGACGUCUAAAAUUUCUAAGAGAAGCACAAGUCAUGAAGAGAGUGACACAUCAAGUCUUUUUCCUCCUCCUUCCAAACAAGAAUCAAAUGUAUUCUCAAGGCUCACUAAGCAAAAUGAAAACAUUAAAUUGAACAAAAUUCCCAUAAAGAACUCAACUGAAUCUCUAACAUCAGGCAGCAAGCUUCCAACCAGAAGUCAGAGAGGCUCCAAUAAAACAAAACCCAAAAUCCAACAAGAAUCACCAAAAUCUGAGGAUUCAAUCCUCAAUACAGAUGGGACUGUUAAAGAAACUGUUGCAGCAGAUAUUAUGAAGGACAGUGACUUUAAGUCUGCAGAGAAACCCUUUGAAAUCAGAGACAAACAAGCUAAAACUGCUGAAACUUUAUUUGAAGGUGACCUCACAGAUGGACAGAUUUCAAGCAUUCAGUCUAGAGAAAUAAGCAAGUCGAAAAUUUCAGGUGAUUCUCAAAAAACUGACACUGAUAAAAGAAAGCCGGAGGCCAAACAAGUUAAACCAGGAAAUCAAAAGGAAAACAAACAAAGACAGAAAACACUACCAUCCUCUAAAACUUACAACUCUGUUAAGGCCAAAGAUGAUUUAAAGGAGCUACCAGGAAAGACUAAAUUGAAAGUCUCCAAAGAUAAAACUCAUAGACUUAUGGUUUCAGACAUUAAACCAACUCCAAAGGAUGAAACCAUUAAAUCAACCGAACCUGAUUUGGAUGAAGGCAUUUAUGAUGACAUAACACAGGAUGGAGUUAUGCCUACAUCAGAAACAAGAAAAAAUCUUCCUGCUAAACCAGAUGAUGCACAUUUAGAGAGUCUUACUGUAGGAUCUGAUUGCCUUAACUCAGGGGACUUUUUGGAUGAUCAAACCAAAGCUGUAAAUUAUGAACUGUACCACACAGUAACCGAGGGAGCAGUGAAAGGUUUUGAAGCAGGGGAGAAAAUUAAAGAGGAGGUUGGAUGGAAACCAGCUGAGGCUUUGGAUGUAGAAACAGAAGCAGUGACUGUUUGUGAAUUGCCACAGAAUGUUGAAAAGCAGUCAAACAAAGAGGCUCUUUUAGGGGAAUCUGGAAGCAGGGAGAAAGACUCAAAGCCAAAUGAAAUGCUUAAUCGCACUGUGAUAGAAAGCUCAGAGUCACAAAACAGUUGUAAAAAGGAGCUUGAGGAAAGACCUCUGGACUUUGCAGGGGGAGGAGUUAUAGAUUCAGGGAAAACAGACCAUCUCUCAUCUGAGAAAAGCUUGCAGCCUGAAGCUAAAAAGAAACAACUGACAGUAGUUACAAAUGUCCUGAAAGGGGAGACUGAUAGUUUUGAAUCAAAGAGUGUAAUACUCAACACUACAGCAAGCGUGAUUGACGCUGAGCAGAAGACCCUCCUGCAAGAAGAUUCAGAGAGUGACUCUGGGAAAACAAGGCAGCAAAAUAAGGAAUCAGUGCAACCGAGUUCUGAAAUAUCAACCACUGGUUCAAAACUGUUGGACACUGAAUCUACAGAGAUUACCAAAGAAAAAGAGGUAUUGCCUAACAAAGACAAAACUGUGAACGAUAAAACAACUGAAAGAAAUGCUCAGACAUCAGUGAAAUCCAAAUCUGGAGCAGAAGAUAAACAUAUCAUAAACAGAGUUGGAUAUGAGAAUUAUAACUCAGAUUAUAACCAGAAGGCUGCUCGAAGUGAAAAGGGAAAGACAGAGGAUAAUGAAAAAGAUCCUACAGCCGUAGACCUACCAAUAGUGAAUGCCCACAAUGAAGAAAACAGGGUAAAAAAUGAAGCCAAAGAAAUCUCUAAAAGCUUUGAAAAAGAAAAUGUAAUUGCAGACAGUCAGGAUGGCAAAGAAAAUGUAGCAAAGACAAAAGCAACUAACCCUGAUGUGCAAUCAGCUAACGGCCAAGAGACUCAGUUGACCAGAAUGGUUGGCAAGAUUGAUGAAGAGACCUCAAAAUCUGAACAUCCAAAUUCUGAAACUACUGAAUCAUCAUUGCCAAGUCUUAUGAGUAAAGGUAGAAAUCAACAUGUCCAUGAAAUGGAAACCAUUGGUAACAAGGAUGGAAAACCUUUAGAAAUGGAACAGAUCAAUUUACCAAACCAAAGUGCUGCCACUGUGGUAGCAACUCCAGAGUCUCAACAGGCAAAUUCCGAAAUCAGAGUUUCACCAUUACAAAGUCUAGUAAAGGAGAAAAAACAAGUGACUUUUGGUGAGAAAGAUGGAAAUUUAAAAGAAACUAUGGAUGAAAAAUCUGAGACAAGCCAGGGAGCAAGACAAGAAAUUCCUGAGGAAACAACAGUCAGCCAGGUUAAUCAAAUGCCAAGUUCCUUGAGUCAAGAUGGUGAAGAAACUAGAGAUGAGGCUAAAGUAAAGGACACCUUGUCAGAAAGUUUAGGUAAUGAAUUUGUAAUCAUUAACCCAAAUAAAGACACUGGAAAUCUCCAAGAGCUCAACUGCUCUUUUGAAAUAGAGCAAAAUGUAGACAAAAAGAGACCCAGUGAAGAGAAAUUACAGGUAGCUAAACAUUUAACUAAUAAAUCCCCAAAUCAAUCAAAUGCAGAUGCUGAAGUUGAAGAGAAGGGGCAUGGUAAAGUUGGAGGUUUGUUGAAUGAAAAAACGGAACAUUUGGAGGAGAUCUAUACUGAUGUAAAACAAGAAAAGGAAAUAAUAAAAUCACCUGAAGGCUACAAAGACUCAAAAACAGACCUGAAAUGUACACCAAAGUCAGUACAAGAAGAAGCUUCAAAAGAGAUGACACCAAGUCAAUUUCAGGAGGUCAACAUCACAGCCACCAAUGUUCAAAGUCCUGAAGGAACUCAAGAAAAGGCUACAGGUAAGGCCCAUUCACAUAUAACCCAAAACAAGACUACAUGUAAAGACGACUCUAAUGAAACAAAAGAAAAGACUACAAGUAAGGACCAGUCAAAAGAAAAUCAAGACAGGAUGACAAGUGAGGGCCAAUUAAAUGGAACUCAAGACACCACUAUAGGUAAGGACGAUUCAAAUGAAGCUGAAGAUAAGCCAACAAGUAGGAACCAAUUAAAUGAAACUCAGGAAGAGACUGCAAGUAAAGACCAAUCAAUUGCUAUUCAAGAAAACACGACAAGUAAGGCCCAAUCACCUAUAACUCAAAACAAGACUAUAAGUAAGGACAAAUCGAAUGAAACUCAAGACACAACUACAAAUGAAUUCCAGACAAAGGAAAGUCAAGACAAGACUACAACUAAGGAAAAAACAAAUGAAUCUCAAGAAAAGACUGAAAGUAAGGACCAAUCAGAGGAAACUCAUGCAAAAAAAGAAAGUGGGGGUCAAUCAAGUGAACUUCAAGAAAAGAGUGCAAGUAAGGAUCAAUCAGAUGAAACUAGAGACAAUAAUGCAAGUGGGGGCCAUUUAAAUGAACUUCAAGAAAAGACUGCAAGUAAGGACCACUCAAAAGAAAAUCAAGACAAGACUGCAAAUAGGGGCCAAUCAGAUGAAAUUCAAGACAAGACUACAAGUAAGGUUCAAUUUAAGAAAACUCAAGAUGGGACUACAAGUAAGGAGCAAUGCAAGGAAACUCAAGAUGGGACUACAAGUAAGGACCAACUCAAGGAAACUCAAGAUGGGAUUACAAAUAAUGUUCAAUUAAAGGAAACUCAACAUGGGACUACAAGGAAGAACCAAUCAAAUGCAACUCAAGAUAAGACUACAACUAAGGAUCAAACAAAUGAAUCUCAAAAAAAGACUGCAAGUAACGACCAAUCAGAUGAAACUCAAGACAAAAAUAAAAGUGGGGGCCAAUCAAGUGAACUUCAAGACAAGACUGUGAGUAAGGGCCAAUUAAAUGAAGUGCAAGACAUGUUUAUAAGUAAGGACCAAUCAAAUGAAACUCCAGAAAAGCCUAAAAUUAAGGACCAAUCCAAAGAAAUUCAAGACAAAACCACAAGUGAGGAUCAAUCAAAGAAAACUCAAGAUAAGAUUAUUAGAAAGGAUCAAUCAAAUGAAACUCAAGACACAACUACAAAUAAAUUCCAAACAAAGGAAAGUCAAGACAAGACUACAACUAAGGAUAAAACAAAUGAAACUCAAAAAAAGACUGCAAGUAAGGACCAAUCAGAUGAAACUCAAGACAAAAAUAAAAGUGGGGGAAAAUCAAGUGAACUUCAAGACAAGACUGCGAGUAAGGGACAAUUAAAUGAAGUGCAAGACAUGUUUAUAAGUAAGGACCAAUCAAAUCAAACUCCAGAAAAGCCUAAAAUGAAGGACCAAUCCAAAGAAAUUCAAGACAAAACCACAAGUAAGGAUCAAUCAAAGAAAACUCCAGAUAAGUUUCAGAGGUCAGUGAAUGUAAAUACCAUGUCGAGGCUUGAAAUCACAAAAGACACAGCAUCCACUGUAAAUGGUGACCCAGACACAAUUACUGCAAAACUAGAUCAAGAAAAAUUAACUGGGUCUGAGCCAGAGACAAUAAGAAAAGAAGUUCAAGUGAAGCUGAUAGAAAAGCAGAGUGGCAGGGAGACCCAGGAUUCUGGUCUACUUUGUUAUAAAGAAAAAUCUGAAGAUCAGGAUACAUCUUCGGAGGUUUUGUUAGGUAAAACAGCAACUCCGAACUAUAUUACUGAAGUUUGCAACCAAGAAUUCCAGACACCCAAAACUAUAACAGGAAAAGAUGAGGAUUUACCAAAACCAGUUCAAGAACUCAAAGAUACAAGUUCUGACCCUAAAACGAGACAAUGUACAGGAAAAAUAACUAAGAUAACAGAAAGCCAGCUUACCAGCCCCACGAGUCCAAGUGCUGAAGAUGCUAAAGAAUUAUCGGAAGAUGUUAAAAGAAAAGCAUUCGGAAGCACCUCUAGCAAACUUGACAUUUUUGAUGAAAAGUCCAAACUGGAAACUGAUCAGUCAGCUAUGUCUCUAAGUCAAAAUGAAAAUCUUGAAGAAGAACUAGGGAAUCUAAUGAUUGAAGUUAGCAAGAAAACGAUUAAACGUGAAACCCAAGAUCAUGAAAGCACAGCUGAACCUAAAGGUUGCCAUGGAGUUGACCUCCAGGAAUUACCAUUAUCAGCUGUAGAACAGGCCCAGAAGUCCUCAAUUAGUACAAAAGAAAAUGCAUGUGCCUCACAAGUUCAAGAACUGUCACCACAACAUGAAUACCCCAAAACAGACCAAAAGGAAAAACUUCCGGCAGUGAUAAUAGGAGAUUUGAAGACUGAGAUUCAAGAUCUGAAUGCCAGAACUGGUCAGAUUGUUGAGCAUCCUAUAGAACAAUCUGUACAAAUCAACCUAUCACCAGUUAGCUUGACUGAAAAUAAAAAAGUACCUAAAUCAGGCACUUUAAAGGACUCAAGUAUCCCACCAUUUGAAGAUGGCAAAGUUGAGGUUAAGGAAAUCUUAGAUGCAAAAUCCUCUAAUGACUCUGCAGUAAAAGAAGUUCAGAAGGAAAUACCAAAUGUUGCAAAAAAUAAAUCUAAUCAGAAUGAUGCAAAACAGAAUACAAAUAUCACUACUUUGGAACAAAAUCUUCCAAACACAGCUGUUUGCACAGAGCAAAAGGGAAAAUACCCCAUUGCUUCAGCUCAAGGAAUGCUUGGAAAUGAUAAUCUGAAGAAUGCUAAGGGCUCUGAAGGAACAACUCAUAAACCUGGGUCAUUUACAGAAAUGUCCACUGUAGAAGCAGGUUAUAAGGAGGGUGCACAAGAGAUUCUGACAAAGGAAACAACUCCAAACCGAAAUUCUGUCAAUGUUUUGUCUACACCUAAACAGAUCCCAUCUGCUUGGUUGGAUGUGGAAGAUCGUCACAAAAAGAAAAAGGGACGUAGAAGAAAUGAAGAUGAGACAGUGAGUGAUGAUGAAUUUAUUGAGCCUGAUGCAAUUAGUGACUUUAUAAAUAGUGUGAGGGAAGGAGGAAUCCCCUUUUCACUACCUCGAAAGAGACAUAUUCGGAAAAAACUUCCAUCUCCCCCAUUGCCAGCCAUCAGGGAGGACCAUUUUGAGCGCACCUUUGAUCCACAGGAAUUCCAGUUUGGCUUAAGAAAAAAUGAUAAACGUAUGAACCUUUCUCCUGCUAUGAUAAUUAAACAGAAAGCUGCCAAUAGGGAUGGUCCAACCUCUCAUUCUGAAGAGAAUUGUACUUCAGUAGAUCCACUGACAACUAAGAAGACUGAAGGAGAAGAUGGGGACAAAGAGUCUCAUGUUGAAGCAGGAAAAGCAGAGGGGCAAGACAAUGGGCCGGGUAAGAUGACCUCAAGACUUGAGAGGAUGUCCAUUCUCACAGGCUUGUUAAGCUCCCCUCGUACCUCCAGGAAGGCAAGAGCAGAAGCUUCCUCUCCCUCAAAUGACACAGUUCCAUCCAACCAGCAACAAGCCAUGCCUUCAGUUGGACUGCAGGAAGCUAUUGCUUCGCCUCUGCCUGUGGCCCUUGAUGAUAAUGGGAGCAUACAAGGUACAGAUCAAAGCCAGAUAACAAAAGGUGGAGCAGAUGCAGUUAGUGAGUCAACACUUAGCUCCUCCUCCGCUCCUCCUCUGCCAGCAUGCUCCGAGACAAAGCUUCCUGAUCAUUUAGAGAAAUACCUUAAGAAAGACGAAAGGGAGCCAGAGGCCUCCGUGGACUCCACACAGACAGCUGACGUGACCCCUCCGGCUCUCAACCACACGUCAAUUCCAAACAUAUCUGUUGUGGAUGUGGACCAGACAAACCCUACAGCAAUGCCUUCUAUCACAAACUACACUGAUGAAAUAUCUCACAAUCGAAUUCACACAGCUAAGAAACCUUUAGUUAGAGGACAUCACAGAAGACCUGGAAAGAUUGUCAUACACGAAAAUGCUCAGUUUGGUGGUGAGGCAUAUGAAAUCUACGGUGACAUAGAAGAUUCAACCACAAUGAAGCUAUCUCCUGUGAUAUCAGUGAAAGUCGUCAGAGGAUGCUGGCUUCUCUAUGAAAAGCCCGGCUUCCAAGGCCGUGUUAUUGCACUGGAGGAAGGUCCCAUGGAGCAGAUAGUGAACAUCUGGGCAGACGAGGGAACUCCUGAGACGUUAAACCAAAUGGAUCAGCUUGUUCCAACCACACCAAUGGUUGUAGGUUCCCUUCGCCUGGCAGUCAGAGAUUACAGCACUCCCAGAAUCGACCUGUACUCAGAGGUCAACGGACUGGGAAUUAUGUCAUCUUAUUGUGAAGACACGCCAGAACUUGGCUCCUUUGGGAUCCCACAAACCACAGGAUCGAUUAAGGUUCACUCUGGAGUAUGGUUGGUGUACUCUGAUCCAGGGUUUAAUGGAGUGCUUGAAGUGCUAGCGGUGGGAGAGUAUCCCCACCCCCAGAGCUGGGGUUUCCCUCAACCCUUCAUUGGCUCUCUCAGGCCGCUCCAAAUGGGACAAAUAAGGGUAGAGAAUCCGCUUGAUGUUAAGGCUCUUGUUUUUGAGAAGCCCAACUUUGAAGGACAGUGUUUGGAUUUGGAUGGAGAUGUCUACAACUUGCUGGAACAACAACAAACAGGCGGGAAGAACACAACUCUUAGUUCAGUGGGAUCAGUAAAGAUACUUGGUGGUCUCUGGGUUGGAUAUCAGGAUGCAGACUUUGAAGGUCAGCAGUACAUCCUGGAAGAGGGUGAAUAUCCUCAGUGCAGUGAGUGGGGAGGAUCUGAGGACGGGCUACUGUCCCUACGACCUGUACUUGGAGAUUUCCUGUCCCCUCACCUGAAGAUGUUCAAGGAGCCUGACUUCAAUGAGCGCGGGAUUCAUACAAACCUGGUGGGUCCUGUCAUUAGCAUGGAGGAUGUCGGCCACAGCACCAAAACCCAGUCAAUCAUCAUCACUGCAGGAGUCUGGUUGGCGUUUGAACAGCCGGGGUUCAGUGGAGAGGUCUAUGUUCUGGAGAAGGGUAUGUACUCCUGUCCUGAGGACUGGGGGGCACAGAACUUCAGGAUUUCAUCCAUACAGCCAGUCUUUCAUGACAUGCUGAUGGGAACUCCAAAGUUUAAGGUUCAGCUGUUUUCUGAACCAGACUUUCAGGGGAGGCUGCUGGCGCUGGAGGACAGUAAAGAUGACCUGGAUGGGGAUUUCACUCCAAAGUCCUGUAAAGUGAUGGCUGGCAGCUGGGUGGCAUAUGAGGAAGCGAUGUUUAAAGGGAACAUGUACGUCCUGGAGGAAGGAGAGUACCCUAACACAGACGCCAUGGGCCUCAUGUCAUCAGACUGUGUCCUUCGAUCACUGCAGACAACCGGGCAUGCAUUUUCCCUGCCCUAUAUCGUCUUGUUUAAUAAAGUUGACUGCAGAGGUCGCAGAAUUGCUUUGACGAGCGGAACUGUAAAUUUGCAGCAUGGAGGCAUGGAUGCUCGUAUACGCUCCCUAGUGGUGGAGGGAGGAAUGUGGGUGCUGUAUGAGGAUAACAACUACAGAGGCCGACAGCUGUUUUUGCAUCCAGGUAAAGUGCACGACUUUUGCAAGAACAGCGGGUGGCAGCGGAUAGGCUCUCUCCGUCCGCUCAUGCAGCAGAAGCCGAUGUAUUUCCGUCUACGGAACAGGGAGACAGGAUUUUUGAUGUCCCUGACUGGAACGCUGGAUGACAUCAAACUGAUGAGGGUCCAGGCUGUGGAGGAGACGGGCGGGGCUGAGCAGCUCUGGCUCUAUCGGGACGGACAAAUAUCAUGCAAGUUGCUAGAGGAAUACUUCCUGGAUAUUUCAGGCAGCAUGGUGAUGGCAGGUAGCCGACUUUGCAUUUCUCCAGAGCCAGGCAAAGAGAGCCAGCAGUGGAGUGUCACACGGGAUGGAUUAGUUCGCACCAAGCUUGAUGCAAAUCUCAUCCUGGAAAUAAAAGGCGGUCAUCAGUACGACAAGAACCAGAUCAUCCUGAACAACUUUGAUGAAAGGAAGAUGAUCCAGAGGUGGACUUUAGAGAUCCUGUGAUCCGAUGAGGUCUAA